AUGAUCUCCCUUGAUGACGCUAUGGACCGCCAGGUACACAUGCCUGGCGGUCCCUCUAUACCUGGUGGCCACCCAUACCAUCAGGAAACGGGAAAACAUAAUAUUCCAUUGGCUGUGCCAGUGAUGGGCUCGUUUGCUCGGGUGGAUCAUCACACACGACCCGUACCUACGCCACCUGCUGUUCAACCAGCACCUACCGACACACCCGCUGACGAGGCUGAUGACGACCAGGAAAAUGAUCAGGGUACAGAUGAGGAGGCAGGCGAGGAAGUGCGCAAGGCUCAGAAGGUUCGCGACGCUACCGCAGCUGUUGCGAUGCUCGAGUCGGCCGCGAAUGCUGCAUGGAAUGCUGCUAUUCAAGGGCCAUCGUCGCCAACGACACAGCGCCGGCUGCGCGGGUGGAUGAUCACGGCUUUCACCUUGUACCACUCCGAAGACAUUGGCGCUCGUGUCCAUGUGCGUUCCAUCUCAGAUCAAGUGGUGAACAAUUUCUUCAACAAUAUUCACCACCUCCAGGCAAUAUCGUCGAAUCCUCAAAAGAUUUGGUCCGCUUCCAAAACGUUUUGCCAUCCCUUUAUGCACGGAUUAUUUGCUGAGGCAGCUAUUCCGGCGGUACGCGAAGAUGGGCACAUCGAAGCCGCAUGUGCGAUUACUGCCGGCGCCUCUGAACCUCGUUUUCGGCGUCCAUGGGCGAUUGAUGAUACUCCACGCUUCGACACGCCUGCUGAAGCCAAGCUGCAAGAUGAGCUAGACAUGGAGGCCUUUUAUCAGAGGGGCGACUUCCCGGCCAUCACUGGGUGGAAGCACUUGUCCAAACCCAAACCUAUUAUGCUUGCGCCGCUGGUCGGCGUUUUCCGGCAUUGGUCAGCAGAAAUGCCUAUGGAUGCCGAGACACAUCUCUGCUGUCGGUUGGCUCAAAAUGCAGGCUACGUUCAGCGCGUUCAGCGGACGGGCAACGAACGACCUGUGUGGCCACCACCGCCGAUGUCUAUGGGCAUGACUGUCUCCUCGAACCUGGACGAAGAUACUAAUGAAUCAAGUGACACAGAGAGUGUGGGCCAGGAGUCGUUUAUCACGGAGCCGAUGUCCGAUGAUGAAAUGCCGUUCGCCAGUGAUGUGGAUGAUCCUGUGGUCACGAAGGCUCUACAGCAUCUGGAUGUUGUCAGCGAACCGGCCGUUUUGCCGUUUAAAAAGCGGAGCGACCGUACGCGCCUCAAGGCCCAACCGAUACCGGUGUCGGAUGUGUCUCGUGUCAAACGUCCUGCGCGUUCCGAUGCAGAAUUUGCCAAAACUGAUGUACCAGCCAAGCGCCAGAAGGUGCGAGCGCUUUAUGACGCGCCAGGUCAAAGCUCGCCUUUAUUGCCCUCGUCGGAGGACGAGGAUCAACAUUCAGAACCAGACAGCAUGUCUUCUUCGCAGCAAGUACCGCAAAAGUCGCCCGAGUCACAUCAAAAUCCCCGACCAAAACCGGUCGUGCCUCGCAAGCCGUCGACACCGCCGAAUGCAUUGCUCAUGACAGCUCCUGUUCGCCGGGUAUCGCCAACCACGUUACCACCGCACUUGACCACUACUGCAACACCGAUUGCACCUGCUAGAGAUGAGAUCAAGAUUCAAACGGCAGCGGAAACCUCUGACACAGAGACGACGUUACAGUCUUUAUCGUUUGAGCCAGUGCCACUUGUAUCAGCACCGACGCUGCCUCCUCGUGAGCCAACGCCACCGCCCCGUGAGCCUACACCACCACCACCGCCACCACCUAAACGUCUUUCUCUAGCCGAAUACAAAAAACGAUUGGCUUCGCGGCGGCAGUCGGAGGGGAAGAACACUUCGACGUCGUUGGAGUGUCACUCUACGGAUGCCGCUCCUGCGUCCUCUUCGUUUGGUACCCAGGAAGAGUCAAUCGCUCCGCGUGCGGUGUCUCCGGCUCUUUUGCCCGCGGUCUCGCAAGUACCUGCGCCUGAGCCCAGUGUGUCGGUGCCGUCGCUUCCCAGUGCUGCGGUGGUUGAGCGCGAUGCCAUUCGCAGUGUGUACAUUCCGCAAUCUCCGCCGCGCGCGGCACCUAUGUUGCCUCCGUCAGGGCCACCGUCUGUGUUAGGAACUGGCUCCAUCCCUGUGGCCAAUACUGUGGCGCGCUCGAAGUCACAAGUCGUGCCUGUGGAUGUACCCUCACCUGACCAGGUGUCGCCUGUGUCCGUGCUGCACCCCCAGAGUGUAUCGGUUGCGGCGCCUUCGCCUCUGCCCAACGCACCUGCUCCGCCACUUACGCGCCCCACACCGGGGGUGGCAUCUGCACCAAUGUCGUUGGCUAACCCACCGUCGCCCAAAGCUGUACCAGCGCUGAGUGCGACACUGCCAUGGGACUCGGCACCGGCUAUACCUGUCAAUAAAGCGUUGCCGCCCUCGCCACCUUCAAGGCCGCCAGGCCCGCCGCCCAAGUUGGGAGUGGGUGCGCUAUCGGCUCGGCCGCCUCCUCCAGGUCCGCCGCCGGGUCCUCCGCCGCCCAUGCCCGCUCGGCUGCGGGCGGCGCAGCAGCGUGCAGAUGAGCGGCAAGGUAUGACUGUGCGGCCGACAGCACCAACUGGCCCUACGCCAGGGGCGGUGCGACCUAGAGGUUGGGGAAGUGCUCCUGUGCGCAAUAGCACCACUCAACGUGGUGCGGGUUUUGGGCGUGGCGGGUGGCGCCCUAUCUAA